CAUCCAAAAGUUAUGAAAUAACAAGAUGGGCAUAAAAACUGAAAGUGAAAACAAAAUAUCGACCAAGUAUACCUUCUGUAGAAAGGCUGGCAGAAAUAUCAUUGAACACCGACCAAUAUUUUCGCCUGACGGAGAAUUGUUAUUAGUAAUUGUAGAAAAUGUUGUGCGUGUGUACAAUAUACAAACGGGUGAUUGUACUCGCUUGCUCGAGACAGAAACGCCAGUGAACGAACUGAAAGCCAUCCAGUUCCCCGAAAAUGAGGACUACAACUUGUUCUCAUGCUCUGACACUGGUUACGUCACUGCCUGGACGUGGGAAAAUGGUGUGGUUCUGAGAGAGACUAAACUUUCAAUACCUGAGGGCAAGAAAGUUUUGUCCUUUCAUUUACUAGAAAAUAAUGAAUGCUUCGUAACUGCAGCUGGUCGCAGACAUUUGCACAUGGCAACAUAUUCCGUAAAAACAGGGGAACUAUUGUAUGAAUUCAAAGGUCAACAGGUUGUUUUACAUUCCCUAAGCUUAAUCAAAGUUGCAGUUGGACGAAGCAAUGAUGAACCAUUUGCAGCGAUUGUUAACGGAACAUCAUUUUUGUUUCUUCAAAAUUUGCAACAACCUCAUAAGAAUAUAAGAGUCCCAAAUAUCAACCGAAUCCGCUUGAUAUCGGUAGCUGCGCACCAACAUGAAAAUGCAAUAGCCACCACAGAUGCACUGGGCCAGGCUCAUGUGUACAGGGGAAAUUUUUUUCAACACAAUGGCGUUGGCAAUGAAAUAUUACACUGGCAUUUAUUGCCUACUACAGCUGUUUGUUUUUCUUUACAAGGAAGCUACCUCUACACCGGUGGUAUGGAAAGAGUGUUAGUGAAAUGGACAUUAGGCAAUUUGGCCAACAAGAUAAAAGAGAAAAUGUUCAUCCCCCGACUGCCUGGACAAAUCAGACACAUUACUGCUAAUAAUACGUAUGUUGCUGCUGCACUCACUAACAACUCUAUAAUAAUAGCAAAUGCUCAAAUGCGCGUGGUGUCCACUAUUCUGGAGUGCGGAGGCUUAUCGCCCGCAGCGAGAGCCCUGGACACUCCCUUAGUGUACCACCAUCGCCUUGACGGUCUGUUAAUGGGCGGGCGCACAGGACACUUGCAGCUCUAUUCCACUGUUACUGACAAAGUAUUGUAUAAUAUAGACAUAACAGGAAUGAACCUAAUACCGCCAGAGCGAUACAACCUUAUCCCAGCCGAAACAGAAAUCACGUGCGCAGCGGUCAGCGCCAACGGUUCUUGGCUCGUCACUUCAGAAUACAGAAACGAUGGAACCACAUACCCAGAAGAAAGACUCAAGUUCUGGGCUCUUCAAGUAAAAGAUGCAACACCAUUCAAGCUGAAUACCUGUGUCAAUCUUUCGCACGGAGGGUGUAAUGUUGUAUCUAUAGCCAUUACGAGCAAAGGCGAUAUUUGUGUCUCGGCCGGUGCGGACCAAAAAUUCCGAAUAUGGAAAAGAGAGACCACGAAAAAGUUUAUUAUGAAAAAGAAACAUAAAAUAAAGGAAAUGACGUCUACAUGGGUCUGCCUCACAGCUUGCUAUUACUCUUCUGGAAUAGCUCAAUUUCUUUCGCACGACAUUUUAAAUAAGUAUAAAAAUGGUGUUUUACCGCCUGGUAGGGGUGAACCUAUACCGUAUUUGAGAGAAUACUCGCGAAAAAGCGACAUUGUUAGGAAAAUCGUUGAUAUACAUAAAGAACAUUCUUUGUUGAGCAACGCUGCUGUGACUCCUGGUAUGAAGCAAGAUGAUGAGAAUGGUAUGGGUGGAGUCGAUGUGUCGUUUGACGGAUCGCUGAUCGCGGCGUGGUUUGGCUGUAAGCUCACUUUGUGGGACACGCAUUUAUGCAACUUGAGGACUACGUUAUCACAUCCCGCAUUACGCCCGAAAGGCAUUCACGUUCGUUUCGGACAUAAAGACGCUGCUCACUAUGUAGCUUGUACGACACAAAAUUGCUUAGCUGUGUGGAGCUUACUGUCCCUAACAGUGAAGUGGUUGGUGCCAAUGAAGACGACUUGCCUCGCAGCAGACCCAUUUUCGAACAAAAUGGCUAUUGCUUCCACUAAUAAUGAUAUAUAUAUAUUUACUCCACACAAUUCGAUGCCAAUUCUCACUCAAAAGCGUCUAGUCGACCCUCAGACGGGAGUGUUCAAAGAAUGCACUUUCGGCGCCUCUUCAGGAGAUGACGUCAGACUUUAUAUCAUGAGAAAUGACUCGGAAAUCUUCUGCCUAGAACCAGAGCAAACGACGGAAGGUAAGCUGGAAGUGAUAUCCCGCCGAAACCUUCCCGCAUCGAACUUCAGCGCGCUGUUGGCGGAGCAACAAUUGUCAGAAGUCCAAGUGCCGGCCAGCGGACUCGUGCAGCAAAUUGAUAGUGGUGCCCUUGGCAACACUGCUAUUGCUCAGUUUUUGUCGGCCGCGCCUCACAUGGUUCCUCCAGUCAGUCUUCUCUGCACGUCAUUCCUCCAAUACAUAUCUGGAUAUGAAAAGGCAGAGGAACCCGAAGAUGUUGAAGAAGUUAGCAUGGAAGUAUACCAAUUAUCGAGUGAUGACGAAGAUAAUGAAAGUAGUCAACUAAACGGAUCAUAUGCGCCGAAGACAACACAACUAUGGACGCCCAACUAUGAAAAAAUUAAAGAGAAACGACUUCAAAAGAUAGUCAGUGAACCGCUGCUAGAUUUGCAUGCCACCGAAUCUAUCUUUGGUGUUUAGAGUAAGUUAACUUUAAAAAUAAAUGACAAUU